AUGGCAAAGCAAAUGGAUGGUUAUGAGAAGAUUCCAUUCACACCAAAAGAUCUUCACAAUCGAAUAUCCCAUGCUUCAAAAGUUGAGUUUAUCGGUUCCAAUGCAGGGCGGGCAAUCAGAUAUUUAGAGCAUAAAGCUGAUGAAGACCCUGGUUUUUUUGGACAGUUUUCGUACAAUGAGGAUAAUUGUCUUCUUAAUUUAUUUUGGGCAGAUGGGAGAUGUAGAUCGGACUAUGAAACAUAUGGCCAUGUAGUAGCUUUUGAUUCGACGUACAAGACUAAUAGUUAUGGGAAGCCGCUGUUGAUAUGGAUAGGAAUUAAUAACCACUAUAGCACAUGCAUUUUGGGCUUUGCCAUUCUUGACAAUGAGUCUGGCAGCAGCUACAAGUGGGCGACAAGGGCUUUCCUGGAAUGCAUGGGAGGUGUUCUACCGAAAACAAUAGUGACAGAUGGAGACGAAGCUAUUGCUAACACGCUACAGGAGUUGAUGCCUGAUGUACCCCACCGAUUGUGUUAUUGGCAUUUACACAACAAACAUGUUUUAAAAGUGAAAGAUCCAUCUUUUGCGAGUAGGUUUACCAAAUUGGUAUUCUGGUACUACACAAAGGACGAGUUUGAAGAUAAAUGGUGCGACUUAAUGAAAGAUUUUGGGAUACAAGGCACUGAAUAUGCUGCAAAGCUUUAUGCAGACAAGGAGAAGUGGGCUGAAACAUUUCUGAGAGGGAAUUUCUUCUGUGGAAUGACAACUACUCAAUGA